GAAGUUAUUUAAGCAGCAGCCUUCACUUUAGUGUCGCUACUUGUCGGAGUAUGGUGAAGGUGUCGCACAAGAAGUCCUCUGAACAGCGCAGACAUGAACCUGGGAAUUUUUAUGUGGCCUUUCCUGCUGCUACUCGCCGCGGCCGCAGCAGAGAGGAGCAAUGUCCUCUUCAUUGUGUCGGAUGACCUGAGGACGUCCCUGGGUUGUUAUGGAGACUCAGUCGCAAAAUCUCCCAACAUCGACCAGCUGGCAUCCAAAAGCCAAGUCUUCCUCAAUGCGUUUGCCCAGCAAGCCGUGUGCGCUCCCAGUCGCACGUCCAUGUUGACCAGUCGCAGACCGGACACGACCAGACUCUACGACUUCAACUCCUACUGGAGAGUCCACGCUGGGAACUACACUACCCUGCCACAGCACUUUAAAUCUGAAGGCUACUACACCAUGUCAGUGGGAAAGGUGUUUCAUCCAGGAAUUUCUUCAAACCACACUGAUGACUACCCCUACAGCUGGUCUAUUCCUGCAUAUCACCCGUUUUCCUUUAGAUUUGAGAAGCAAAAGAUGUGUAAAGGCGAGGACGGUCGGCUCCACGCCAACCUGCUGUGCGCGGUUAACGUGACGGAGCAGCCUGGGGGAACCCUGCCGGACCUGGAGAGCACAGAAGAAGCGGUGAGGCUGCUGAAGAGCCGGGCCAGCGACGGAGCGCCUUUCUUCCUGGCUGUGGGCUUCCACAAACCGCACAUACCUUUCAGGAUCCCACAGGAGUACCUGAGCCUUUACCCCUUAGAUAAAAUGACUUUGGCCCCUGACCCAGAUGUUCCCAAGCGCCUCCCCUCUGUAGCCUACAACCCCUGGACCGAUGUCAGGAAGAGGGAGGACGUUCAGAAACUAAAUGUCAGCUUUCCAUACGGACCAAUUCCAAAUGACUUCCAGCUGCGUAUCCGUCAGCACUACUACGCCGCUGUGUCUUACAUGGACGCUCAGGUUGGGAGGCUUCUCAGCACUCUGGAUGCUCUCGGGUUGACCAACAACACAAUGGUGGUUUUCACAUCUGAUCAUGGUUGGUCGUUAGGCGAACAUGGCGAGUGGGCGAAAUACUCCAAUUUUGACGUGGUGACGCGCGUUCCCCUCAUCAUGUUUGUCCCUGGGGUCACGGCCUUCGACAGCUACCCAGAAGAGUCUACUUUCCCCUUUAUUGACGUUUUAACCCAACCAGAGUACAAGUCUGUGUACAACUUCACAAAUGCCAGAGUAAUCCGGAACACGGCGGAGCUGGUGGAUAUUUUUCCCACAGUUACUUACAUGGCCGGCCUCCCAGCCAUUAAGGAAUGCCCUGAAGUUUCUUUCAAGUUGGAUUUGUGCGCCGCAGGAAGGAACCUGGCCGACACUUUCAACGAGACGGAACGAGGGAAGAUCCCUGAUCUCAUGGCUUUCAGCCAGUACCCUCGUCCCGCUGACACCCCGCAGAGCAACUCUGACCUCCCUGAUCUCAAAGACAUCAAGGUGAUGGGUUACUCGAUGAGGAACUGGGACUACAGAUUCACCUUGUGGCUUGGCUUUGAUCCCAGAACCUUCAAGGAGAACACGUCGGAUGUUCAUGGAGGAGAGCUGUACAUGUUGGGAACCGACCCCAGGCAGGACGACAACAUCUACGGUCACAUCCACGACGACCUGGACCACAGUAUGCUGAUGAAGCUGGCCAGCCUUCCUCCUGACACGAGUCUGUGGACAAGAAUGAGGCUCCAGCUCCAUUACCUCACAGCAGGACUGAAGACAAACACAGGGACGGUGUGACGAGCGUUAAACACAACAGAUGGACUCGAGCUCAAAGGGAAUAUGGCUGCCUGAAAGAAAUAAACACUGUGCAUAUAUAAAAAUAUAGUAAAGUCUUGCAGUAUUUUUCAGUUUGAUGGACUUUAUUAGUUUGGUUGAUGUUGUUAAAGCACAAAGUAAUUAUUCCACAAAAUCACUUUUUUCAUAAAGAUUCAAUCAGGUCUGGAUGCAUCGA